AUGAGCGUCGUGCAUUUAUACGCCGCGCUUGCGGCAGCGGCUACGUUUUGCACCUACGCACAUGUUGGCGGCAGCGGUCAGCCCAGGCUUGCGUGCAAAUUGCUUCAAGAAACCCACUCGAAAACGGAAGAGGGUGGUAUUCGCGAUGAAGUGUCAUUGUCGGUGUACGGGCGCGAGCGCCAGUUGCAAGUGAUUUAUGACAAGCGCGCACCGAGUCGCGCAGCUGCUGCGCUGCUUGCCGUCGUGCUGCGAUAUGGCCUGCGGUACCGGAACGUAACCUUGUUUGAGCGCCCGGAUACACUAUGCCAAAUGGCCAAGGACAUGCAAACGAAAUGCUCGCAGUUCGAUGAAUCCGACUCCAUAUUUAAUAAAUUGGUACUAAUUCCAGCGACGAGCUGGACUGGUGAUCGGUGCGAGGAAAUGGAGAUAUGCAAUGUAGAUGUGGUCCCACUUCGGCUGCAGGUAGCCAGCGGGGGUGCAGCGUCACUACGUCUGUACCUGCACGUAGUACUGUCAGCUGAUGCUCGCACUCUACCUGAAUGCAGACACGCUAGUCACUGGUACACGAAUCACUCGUAUCUGACGACGUGCGGAUUUAUAAACCGCUCUGUAUUGGAUGGGAUAGAUCAUGACAGUUUGGUAAACCAUACCGAAUUGUGGUACGCAAUAGAUGCACCUGGAGGAAAUAAUACAGUUUCUGAACUAAAAAAACGACUAGAAAAUGUAGUAGCAGAAGCAAAAACUUUAUUUUCUAUAAAAUUUGUGCCAUUAAACUCAGAGACGUACCUACAUCAACGUAUACUAGGUGCCGCGAGAACCCAAAACUCGUCUGUUUUUUUUCUUGAUUAUAAUAUUUGGGAAAAUGUACAAGGCGUACAAUUAGUGCAGCCACCGCCAUGUACGGGGCAGGAUUGUGAUCAAGACCUUGACUCUAUACGUUCAUUACGUGUAGCUGAUAUGAUAGUAUUAAAGCAACUCGCCCCUCGUUUAUUGAAAGUAUUUGAACAAUUUUCACCUACACCGACGCAGUUGCGUGAGGUGUUGCUUGAAACGGAACAAUCCAACAGUUUAUCAAAUGCCGCAUGUAAAUGGGCAGCAAACAACACAUCAAGUUUCAAAGCUUGGUAUCAAAUUGAGUUUCGCCAACAUUACUGGAUAGCAGUAUUCCUAUGUAAAAAUGACCAAGAAUUGGAUCAUUAUAAAAAAAUUGCUCGCGCUGUUGAACGGUUAUAUCACACAAGUUCAGAAUUCAAUGUUUCGGUAUAUUUUAUUGAAAUUGAUUGCACAAGUGAAAGCGAUCUAACCCAUAAAUUUAUAAAGGCUACUGUAUCAAGUCGAUGGCCAAAUAUGAUAGGGGCAAUAGCAGCCGGUGCAGGUGCAAAAAUGGUAGCAGAAUAUGCGUUACAAAUGGAAACUGCUUUGAUAUUGUAUGAUAUGCCAAGCGAGAGUGUAAGGCUUGGGUCUGCUGUGUAUGCUGCCGGUGGUACUUUAAACGACCUUGCGAUUGCAGUGCGAUAUUUUAUUACCUCUCAUAAAUGGCGACGGCUCGCAAUUCUCUCAGAAGAGACACAUUUAGCAAGUGAUUUUGUUAUAGCCCUUCAACGUGAUGAAAACCUUAUUAUACGCAACGUACCAUUACAUACAGAUAUUAAACCUAUAGAAAUAUUGCAAUCACUAAAAAAAUCAAAUGCGAGAAUUUUAUUGAUUAAUACAAUCACAGAUAUUUCCAAAGAAAUACUUUGUUUAGCACUACAGUUAGAAAUGACAUAUUCUAAUGGAUAUGUGUGGAUAUUGCGAGAAUUGCGUAUGCAUAAUCUUAGCUGUGAUAAUUCAUUGACCUUAGAACAUGCAAAAUAUAUAACCAUAUCUUAUUGGUGGCAGAGGCAAAGUGACACACAUUUAUUCUUGGGGAAAGAUACAUUGGGAAAAGAAAAUGUUUUUCACCAAGUUUUAAAUAAUUUCAAUGGGAGUUUCCCUCAUUUAACAGUCCCAAUGAUCGAUGCUUUGCAAGUUCUAAUAGAAAGCUUUCACACGUUCACAAGGAACUUUUCUUGGCGUAUCUAUGACAUACAUGGAAACGGAAGUGUUAGGUUACUUCUAAAGACCUUAGAAGAAAAAUAUUUUAAAGGUGUGCUCCAAAACCUACAUUAUGUCAAAGGAGCUCUUAAUAAUCCUUUAGUGUUUGUUACUGAAUGGAUAGGCAACCACCCUGUAUCAACUGCAAAAUGGAUUGUCGAAAAUAAAGACAUAAAAAUUUUUCAAAACCAGGAUUUUUACAAAGAAAAAAUACCCACGGAUGGCACUUCUAUUUGCCUAACCACUUCUGUCGGAAAACCUUUUGAACCAACCUGCCAGGAUAAGUUAUGGUUUCCAAUCAGUGGUUGUCUGCUUAUAAUUGUUUUGUUUUUGUGGUUAUCGUGGAGAAUACGAGUUAGAAAUCUAGCUUACCAUGACUCUAUCUUAACCGCACAAUUAUUGGCACAAAGAGAGGUUAUUUCAUCUCAACUCGUAAACCACUUUGUAGACCGUGGUGCUCUGGAACUUUAUUAUGACUUAGGACGAGGACAAUUUGGUAGAGUACGAUAUGGAGUACUACGAGUACCUGGUCGUUCACCAAUAUCGGUAGCUGUAAAGGAACUUUUGGAUGACUACGCGCCGGUUGAAGAAAGUGAACUGAUACAAGAAGCAAUCACUCUUGCCUCUCUGCAGCACCCUCACGUGGUACGACUUAUAGGUGUUUGCACUACAGAUGGACCUCUCCUUGUUUUAAUGGAAUACGCUUUUUUUGGGAAUUUGCGAGAUUACUUCUGUGAGAGACGACAUUUCGCUGAGAGCGCCACAGGGUACACGGAUUCUUUAAACGAAGCCUUUUAUGUAUCAGCUGAAUCAAUAACACGGUUGGCUUGGGAGGCAUGUUCCGCUUUGGAUUAUCUAUCUACAGAGAGACUGGUUCACCGAGACAUUCGUGCGAUUAAUUGUCUAAUUGACGAGCAACGCUCACUAAAAUUAGCAGAUUUUGGAUUGGCUCGGACAAUUGGGACGGGCACUCCUGGUGGUGACGACGAGUACUUGUGCCGUAGUCGCGGGCUUUUUCCAGUUCGUUGGAUGGCGCCUGAGAGCUUGGAUAUGGGCGUGUUCACUAUGGUAUCAGAUGUGUGGGCGUUAGGAGUACUACUACUAGAAAUGGUCACUCUUGGUGCUCGCCCGUAUGGUGACUGGCCAUCUGAUCGUGUUAUAAGCUACGUAUUAGCGGGUGGAUAUCCACCGCUGCCAAAUGAUAUUUCAGAGGAAACGCGACAGCUGUUGAUGAGGUGCUGGGAACCAGUACCUGAAGAACGCUUAACUGCUGCGGAAAUAGCAAAUGAACUAAUGCAAAACUCUGCACUGCUGCAACCGGCCCUUGGACCUACCGAUCCUAUUCACAAUGAAGAGAACCCUGAAUCGAAAGAUUACGUAAACCUUAACCGUAAUAAUAUCAAUAAUCUUUUUAGAUGA